AUGGAAGAGUUUUCGACGACCAGCAACAGAAGAGAGAAACUAUCGAAACCUCUUCUGCCCGAGGAUAUUCCAAAGAGAGUGGAUGAACCCCAGCUCAAGAUCCACGAAAGGAGUGUGGAGGAAUUCCAGGACAUUUUGGAUAUCGAGCCGAAGGAGGGGCUUUUUUUUUAUAUAAGGAUUCCUGGAUUAAUCUUUGUAGGGUCUGUUGUAGGUUAUAUAAUAGGGAAGAUGGGAUUUAGCAUUGUCAAUUUGUUUUUUGUUGGAUAUGUGAUUUUCUUCAUAUAUAAUCGAAAGGUUGAAAGAUUCACUCGGAGUCUUAAAUCGCUUGUGUAUCAUAGUGCAAGGAGGGAGAAGGCCCGAAACAAUGGAGAGACUGUUGAAUGGUUGAACUAUGCUCUUAAAAAGUUCUGGGAAGUUGCUGAGCCUGUUAUAUCUGCAGAGGUGUACCAACAGGUCAACAAUGAACUCCUCAAGGUUUCUCCGCCCUUUCUUAAUGGACUAAGGUUAAUUGAAUUCACCCUUGGAAGCCGUUCACCGUUUAUAGAGGGCAUAUCCUACAUAAGCAUGGACGGAAAUACUCUUGCAAUAGAAGUGGAGGUAGCUUUUGUGCCUCUGGAAAUAAGCAGGGAUGUAGUCAACUACCUGGAGAACGAUAGUAAAAAUUGGAACUCUAAGAUUCAGCUGUCGGCCCGGGUUGGAACAAGAAAUGGAAUAGGAAUCAACCUUCCAAUUCUUGUCAAAGAGCUGUUUUUCAAAGGGAGGGUCAGAAUUGUUGCCAACCUAUUUUCGAAGAACAUGUUUGUCAAAGACGUAGAGAUUUGUUUGAUGGACAGCCCGGAGUUUGACUUUACUCUUGUCCCCUUGAAGAUGGUGGACAUAAUGGAUGUUCCUGGACUCAGCAGAUGGAUAAGAAGUAUAAUCAACUCCUCGUUGGCUACAACUGUUAUUAAUCCAAACUCAAUGACCAUCGACGUGGAUAGGAUCUCAAAAGACAAGGGAAAGAUUAUUGGAGUUGUGUGUCUUCAGAUACUCAAUCUAGAAAACGAGGACGACGAAAGAUUGACUGUGGAAAUAGACGUGGAUGGCAGAGUUGGAUACCAAACGAGAUAUGGAGAGGGGAAAGGGAUUGUUUACAAUGAGCAUUUCUAUAUGCCUAUUGAAAAUGUUGACUCAAGAAUUGGAUUAUCUCUAAGAAGCGAAUCAAGAAAGACCAGGAGAAGGAACGGGUCGAUAUUCUUGAAGAACCUUCCUCUGGAUAAGAUUGAGGAGUCUGUGGACAAUGAAUGGUAUGAGCCAAGGAGAACCUUUUUCUGUUCGACAAGGUUAGUUAAGGAUGAACAGACAUAUUCUUUUGUGAACACGAACUUGCAGUUUUACCCGAUACAGAAGGAAAGGAGUAACAGUGGAAUUGUCAAGAUGACACUUGUAGGAAUUGAGGAUCUUCGAGGAAACAAGGCCUCUAAGGCAUAUACAUAUUCUACAUUCUGUACAGUAAUUGUAUCACCUAUCAACCGAGAAGAAUCCAGCAUUCCAAUAGGCUUUAUCGAAAACACAGUUAGUGCAACGGCAAUGAUGAUGAGUGGAAUUGUCAAGACAACAGGGAAUAUGAUCUCAAACAUUAUUCCCGGAAUCGAGACGACCACAACGAGGCUUCUACCUUCGUCGAAGAACACUUUCUAUGUAUUUGAGUCGAAGAGGAUAUUCGGGACAAACUCGCCUAUUUACAACGAAAGCUUCACAUUCUUUUGCAGAGAUAUCCAAGUUGAUGUGGUGUCCAUCUGCGUGAUGAAUGACAAGACAAGUGAAGUGAUAGGAAGAGUGUCGAUUCCUGUGAGAGAUAUCCAUUUCAACAAAAAAGAGAAGUAUAAACUGAACGACGCUCACAGUGGCCGAAUGGAGCUUUCAUUCACGAUUGAUUAUGUGGACAUGGUUGAUAAAGAGAUAGGAUUUGUAGACUACGAGAGGAUGUUGAAGAUCUCUGUGGAUUCUAUGAAUGAGAAGGGAGUCUACUACGCGAUAUUUGAGACUAACACAGACUGCUUCAGGAUGGAGACGUUUACAUCAGCACUGCCUAUUAAGAGAAGAAUUUAUGUUCCUGUGCAGAAGGAAAAUAGCUUAAGAUUUAGGCUUUACAAGGAAACAAUCAAUGGGGAUGUGUUUAUUGGAGAGGACAAGAUAAAUUGCAGUCCCUGCGAUGGAGUUAGGCGGGAAGCCUUCUUACUCGACGAACAAAUAAGCCUGACCCUUAGCAUUGAGGAGGAAUCUCUUCGAGACUACUCAGGGGCUCCUGAUGAAAAGAACAAUAUCAAGGUAAUACAGGCAAAGUUUGGAAAGUUCUAUGGGUAUAGCCAGGAAAUGUUUAUUGAGUUUUCCAACAAGUAUGGGGCGAUUGGAGCUUCGGGAUUUACCCGAGGAGGGAAGCUUAAUGACACAUUCACAUUUAUUGCGGGAAAUGAGGAGAUAUAUGCUAUUAUCAAAAGCGGAGACCAGACCGUCAACCAAACACUAGGACAAUGUAUAAUUCCAAAGAGGACCUUAAAAGAGAAGGUUAUGCUUAAUGAGCAUGGACUGUCGGUAGACAUGGAAGUAAAGAUUCAAGGAUGCUCAUACAAACCGGCUUCUAUGUUGAAGACCGGAUAUCUCGAAGUUUACAUUAAGAAUGGGAGCAACAUCAGGUCGUCAGUCCAGAGCCCGAUUGACACUUACUGCAAGAUUCUUGUCAACGAGACCAAAGUAUAUACAACAAAACCUGUACGUAAAAACAACAAUCCUGUCUUUAAUGAGUCAUUUAUAAUGGAAAUAGACAAAACAAAGGAUGUGUUUGGGAUACAAAUAUGCGACUACAAUGUCUCGGAGAGAAAUGCACUUUUGUAUUACACCGAAUUUUCCUUGCACAACCUGUCUGAAGGGUUCAGCGAGAUGGAAUUUGGCCUAUUUGAUGGAAAGACCUUCCAGCCGGUCGAGUCAAAAAUUAGAAUUGGAUUUAAUUUCUGUGCAGAUCACAAAAGUUUAAAAAUCAGAAAGAAAGGAAUUCUUAGUGAUUUCUUUGGAUUCUAA